UACGCAUGCAGCAACAGAGCAGCAGCAGAGCUCCUCACCUGAAUCCGAACAGCAGAAGGACCAAAAGCAGCAGCAACAGCAACAGCAGCAGCAGCAGCAGCAGCAGCAGCAGCAGCAACAGCAGCCGCAGCAGCAGCAUCCGCCUGAGUCGUGCGUGCCAUCAGACUCUCCUCCCAGAGCUGAUCCUGCUGCUGCUGCUGCUGCUGCUGCUGCUGCUGCUGCUGGUGGUUGUGCUGCUCCAGCUGCAGUUGCAGGUUCUGUCGAUAGUUCUUCUAUGCAGGCAGAGCAGCAGCGGCAGCAGCAGCAGCAGCAACAGCAACAGCAGCAACAGCAACAGCAACAGCAGCAGGAACACCGUCAGCAGAUACAGCAGCAGCAGCAGCAGCAGCAGCAGCAGCAAGCACGCCAGUUUGUUGACAUGCUGCGGCGGCUGCCGCUGCCUCUCUGCCCCCGUAUUCUGUUUCCUUUGAUGGGGCCUCUUCUCUUCACUCUCAAGUGCCACUACCCAUGGUUUACAGAGGUAUCUAUAAUAGCUGGGGAUUGGGCCGCCUUAGAUGGAGAUGCAGUGGAGUGUCUGCGUCGGUGCCGCAGCUGCAGCAGCAGCAGAUCUCAAAGAGCAGCAGCAGCAGCAGCAGCAGCAGCAAGGGGUUCUGCUGCAGCAGGCUCAGCAGCAGCAUGGCAGCAGCAUGUAGCUAUGCAGCAGCUGCUGCGGCGCGCGCUGCUCGAUAGACUGGGGCGAGCUGUGGGGAGACUCAUAGAUCUAAGCCAGGAACACUUCAGAGAAAAAAUACUCUUCUUUCUUCAGGCCGCCAGCGAGAACUCAGCUGUAGCUACCUGGGUGGCCUUCGGGGUGGUGCAGCAGUCUGUGCUGCACUCUGUUGUUGUUGCAUCUCACCUGCUGUCUUUUGCUGAGUCUAUAAGCCCCCUAUCUCCUCCUUCUCCUUUUUGGUUAGCCCCGACAGCAGCAACAGCAGCAGCAGGAUCUCUGCUGCUGCUGCCGUGUUUGAGUGCAGCAGCAGCACUGCCACCGUCACCGCAGCCGCUGCUGCUUGCUGCUGUUAGCAGCAAGACAGACGAAGAGAUACCCCCAUACAUUAGAGCUGUGCUGCUGUGCCCUGCUGCUGCUGCUUUUCUUCCUGCUGCUGCACAACAUGCAAAGCUGCAGCUGCUGCUGCUGCUGCGGGAGCUACGAAGACAGCAGACGAUCGUGGAGCAGCAGCUGCAGCAGCUGCAGCAGCAGGGAGGAGGAGCCGCACCUGCUGCUGCAGCAGACCCAGCAGCAGCACAACAAGAAGCAGCAGCAGCAGCAGCAGCAGCAGAAGCAACAGCAGCAGCAACAGCAGCAACAGCAGCAGGAAUGGAUGUUCCUCAUCCUUGUGCAACAUUUGCAGAGUUGCUGCUAGCAGCAGCAGCAGCAACAGCAGCAGCAACAUAUCGAGAGAUGGAUGCAGCAGAUGCUGGCUGCCCCGUACGUCGUUGUGCUGCUGCUUCCUUCAUUCCCAGCAGCAGCAGCAGCUUGCUGAUCCGCUGCAGAGCUCAACGUUGUUUCUUUGCUGUGUGCAACGACCCCACAUAUUUCUUGUUGCUGCUGCAGCAGCUGCAGCAGCAGCAGCGUGAGCUGCAGAUACGCUGCUGGCUGGGCCCCUAUAUAGAAGACAUCAGCAGCAAGGGGAGAUAUGUUUCUCCCCCUUCGCUGCAGCAGCUGCUGCUGCUGCUGCCCCUGAAGCAGCAGUAUUGUGUGUUGAGAGAGCGGCAGCAGUUUGUGCUGCAGCAGCUGCGUCUUGCUGCUGCUUGGCGUGUGUCUCCGUUGCUGCUAACAAGAGAUGCAGAGCACCAUCACACAACCAAGCAAAGCCCAAGACAACGCGGGGCAUCUCCCGCUGCUGCUGGCUGUCUCCUAUCCUUCUGUCUCCCCGCUGCAGCUGCCGCAGCUAGCUGA